GAGCACAGUUUAUAUUUAACCGCAUACCGUUAACAUUUUGUGACUAAAUUCAGAGAUUCAAGGCUCGCUUUUUUACUUUUUGCGAAAUAAUAUCGAGCACAACUCUUUUUUGCUUAUCACUUUUUUCAUUUUUUAAAUAUUUUAUUACGAUGUCACAUGUAUAAGGAAGUGGAUCAAUCGAUAAGUGCUUAUUAUUCAGUUAGCUUGAUUAUAGAAUAGAUUCUUACAAGUUAAUCGAUGGGGUUUGUGUUUAUGUGAAAGAUAUAAUAAUCUAAUGAAAACAAAACUAAGAAAUAAGUGAUUAGUUACUUCAAACCUAUAAUAUCACGGCUAGAACUCCAGCUGAAUCACUUUUCAAAUUAUAAUGGGAAUACUUGUGGGAAUAGUGAACAAAGCGAUCUGUAUUGUGUUUGUAUGUGCACUAGUUAACGCGAGAAUGCAGGAAGUAACCACAAUCGAGAAAUAUGAAGACAUUGAUGUGCAUUUGUCAAGCUUCAUUAAAAAAGAUGACAGCAUCGCCAUAUUACUCGACUAUGACGGAACAUUGGCUCCGUUAGCUUCUCAUCCCUCUUUAACUGUUAUGGAAGCAGAAUCGAGAGACGCAUUAAAGAAACUAUCAACACAACCGAAUGUAUUUUUGGCUGUCAUAUCUGGUAGAGCCGUUGACGAUGUCAAAGCGAAAGUUCCGUUCGAUAAUUUAACAUAUGCGGGCAAUCACGGUCUUGAGAUUUUAUAUCCAAAUGGUUCAAGAUUUCAAUAUGAAGUGUCAGCAGAGCUCAAAAGUAAUUUUACGAAAAUGGUUGAAGAACUGGAAGAAAAGGUGGGAAAGCGAGGUGGAUGGGUUGAAAAUAAACUGGCAUCGUUGUCAUAUCAUUAUCGGGGAGUACCUGAAGAAUUACACCAAGAACUAUCCGCUGAUGCUAGAAAAAUAAUUCAGUCCUUUGGUUAUGUUGAUAGCCAAGCUCAUUUGGCAAUCGAAGCAAAACCCCCAGUACAUUGGAAUAAAGGCGAAGCGGCUCUGUUAAUUCUGAAAGAUAAAUUUGGUAGUGAUUGGGCGACGCACGUAAAAGCCGUUUUUGCUGGAGAUGAUACAACAGAUGAGGAUGCAAUGAAAGCACUAAAAGGCAAAGGAAUGACUUUCAGAGUAUCUGCUUCCCCACAAAUAAAAACGUAUGCCGAUUAUCGUGUUCCAUCCACGAAAACCGUUUCAUAUUUACUGCAAUGGUUUGUGCACCAUCAACUGUAAAUAUGUAUUUAGGAAAAAUUGUUUUAGAAAGAUAUUGAAUUAAUUUAUUUUCAAUAAAUUGCUUUAUACGCUGA